CGAACCAGACAUGAGAAAUAGUUCAUGCUGAUCAAUCUGGAUAAAAUCCAACUACCGUAGAUCAAGCAGGCUAGGUUAACACCCACCAUCAUCUCUACAACCUCUUCACACGAACGAGAUCAAGAAGAAGCUUAGCUGCGAUCGAGCAAUGGAGCACCAGAUGUUCAACGACCCGUUCACGAGCAGCAUGUCGUCACUGGAGGCGGAUAUCUUCUCCGGUGUCCACCACCACCUCGCGCCGUCCCUGCAGUGGCCGGACCUAGACCACGACAUCCCGGCGGCGCCGGCUACCAACAACGCUCCCUCCUCCGGCGGCUCGGGAUCCCAGCGAAAGAUGAGCCACAGCGCGUACGAGCGCGACAGCCGCAAGCAGCUCAACGAGCAUUAUUCCAACCUCCGCUCCCUCCUCCCCGACGAUGAUCAUCACAUCAGGAAGCUGAGCAAUCCGACCAUUGUGUCGCGAGUGAUCAAGUACAUCCCGGAGCUGCAGAAGGAGGUAGACGGCCUGGAGAAGAAGAAGGAGCAGCUGACGCGGGCCAGUUGCAGGCCGGGAGAUGACACGGCUCCUAUCGUCUCCGCCACCUGCCUCGACGUCAGGGAAGUCAUGGUCCAGGUCAGCCUGAUGAGCACCAUGUCCGGCGCUCUACCCAUGUCCAAAUGCAUCAAGGUGCUGGAGAAUCAAGGCCUAUGCCUCAUCAGCUCGUCCUCUUCCACUUUUCAGAACAGGACCUUCUAUAGCCUUCAUCUUCAGAGAACCCAACGAACAAUGAACAAGGAGUGCUCAGCAUUUUGUGACGAACUGGAGAACGCCGUGAAGCAAAAGGCGGGACUACAUCCACAUUACUAGUAGAAGAAGACACCAUAAUGAUGGUGGAUGCGAUCAUAUUUAACUACUACCAUGAAUCAAAGUGCAUGCCAUACAAAUAAUAAAAGAUAAAUAGUACCAAUGCAUGCAUGAUACUAUGAAACAGUGUGUUUCAUAUAACUACUAUUGCAUAUACAAUCAGGCCCUUCAUUUUCCUCCUGAUG